GGAGAUCCUGGUGCCCAGCGCCGGCACCGGGCGGAGGCGGCGGCGCCACCGGGGAACCCCGAGGAGGGGGCGCAGGGGGUUCAUCCCCGGGGGUCGGAGCUCGAGGGAUCCCGCGGGGGGGUCCCCAGGGAGCCCCAAUGGAGGCACCGGAGCUCCCGGAGCCGGACGGGCUCUUCCCGGAUCCCGCCUCGCUCCCGGUGCCGGUGCUGAGCUUCCAGACCUUGACGCUCCCGGAGGAUGAUGGCAGCGGAGCCGAGGAGCUGCUGGGGCUGACGGUGAACCCCGACAUCGCCUGCGGCCUCGGCACCGGCCCGGAGCCCCCCCGGCCCGAGGGGACCCCCCCGGUGCUGCUGGAGGUGGUCUGCGACCUCAGCACGCCCCUGUUCCCCUCGCUGCUCCCCGGCAUCCAGCUGGCCCCGAGCCCCGACCCCCAGCCCACGUCCAUCCCCGUCCCGCAGCUCCGGCUGACGGAGGAGGAGCGGCGGCUGCUGGCGCAGGAGGGGGUGACCCUGCCGGGGGACCUGCCCCUCACCCAGGCCGAGGAGCGGCUCCUAAAAAAGGUGCGGAGAAAGAUCCGGAACAAGCAGUCGGCGCAGGACAGCCGGCGGAGGAAGAAGGAAUACCUGGACGAGCUGGAGAGCAGGUGGGGCCGGCGUUCCCGUUAUCCCGACCCUCCGGUUGUCCCGGUGUGUCCCGGUGUGCCCCGGUCACUGUCCCCGUCUCUGCCCGGGCAGGGCGGCUGCGUGCUCGGCACUGAACCAGGAGCUGCGGAAAAAGGUCCAGGAGCUGGAGACGAGCAACGGGUCUCUCCUGCGGCAGCUCCAGGCGCUGAUCAAGGAAACGUCCGGCAAGCCCGCGCAGACCGGCACCUGUGUCCUGAUCCUGUUCCUGUCGCUGGGGCUGAUCCUGCUCCCCAGCUCCAGCCCGUUCCGCCGGGGCGGCAGCCGGGACGGCCUCGGACCCACCGGAGUGACCUCCAGGAACAUCCUGGCGCGGCGGGAGCCGGGAGCGGCCGCAGAAUCCCCGUUCCCCCGGUGGAUACCGGGGCCAGAGCCGGGACCCGGGGUGGAGGACGGGGCCGGGGGGGUGCCCGGGGAUGGGAUUCCCACCCCCCCCAGGGAUCCAGGCAGCAAUUCCUCCAGGCAGGACACGGGGACAGGGACACGGGGACAUGGGGAUGAGAUGUGACGGGGGUCCUCAGGGUGGGAAUAAAUCCGGAAUAAAUCCACGUUCUGUUUGCACCCUCUGGAAUGCCGGGGGGGGCGGGAAUGGGGAACAUUCCAGUGCUGCUGCAGGCACAUGGAUCGGGAUUUAUCCCACAUUCACUCCUGGGGGGUUCCCAGGGACCCCCAG